CUGGAACAAUGACAUUCCGUAUUUUAUAUUACACAACAGGAAAGAAUUAUUUAUUCUCCAUUCUCGAUAAGCAGGUUUUUCUGACUUACAGUCCUUGAGAUCUAGCGCGAAUAAAAUGUCUGCGAAGAAAGGUGUGGAGUUACUUAAGUCUGUGUUUGACUACGCGUCUAAAUCAAAAGGUUUUAGUGGUUGUUUGAAGAACUUCACAGUCACUAGUGGCGGAGAGGGUAACUGUGUUGCUGAAUUCACAGUAUCUGAGGAACAUCUUAACCAAGGUGGCGGCCUUCACGGAGGCUUCACAGCAACUAUAGUUGAUAAUGUCACCACCUAUGCACUUAUGACAAAGGAUAAGCAUCCAGGGGUUACGGUCGAUUUACAUGUUAGUUACAUGAAAGCUGCUCGACUUGGCGACGUGGUUGUGGUAGAUGCAAAAACAAUACGAGCUGGAAAAACUUUAGCCUAUCUUGAAUGCGAGUUACGUCACAAAAAAGAUGGUUCAGUGAUUGCAAAAGGAACACAAACCAAAUACAUUGACCUUUAACGAGCGGGAAAAAUUCUCAUUCAAUAGAUUAAUGGACAGGAUCUUCAUUGACGUAAUGCUUUUAGUUGCGUCAACUCAGUAAAUGCUUUUUGUCGAAAACCAUAGAACCAGUGAAUGUUUUGUGCCGGUGAAAUUUAGGUUUGGUGCUUGUAAAUUAACAGAAGGGGGUAAUAAAUAAUUUAUUUCUGGGAUAUAAGA